AUGCUGCCUCGCUUGGCCCCAGAGAUUUGGCGUGCUCUAGCCGAGUACCGCCCUUCGAAUGACCUACGUGCGAUGGAGGAAUUGAACCAAGGUAGGGAUUUCGAAUCUACGCGUCAUAACGAAUUGAUUAAAUCGGAAUUACAUUCUUCAUUUCGACAACGCCUUGCUCUCAAAGCUGGCGAGUUGGUGUGUGUACUGAGCAAAAAAGAUCCUGAGCUUUGGAAAGUAGCUAGUCAGAUUACUGGUAAGGUGGGCUAUGUUCCUACUCCCUAUCUGAAACAACACACCACCCACUUGGCCGGCUUCUCCUCCUCUUCUAUAUCCAUCGCUUCUGACAUCUCAUCUGACUCCGCCUUCUCUUCUUCUGCAGUUGUUGCCACACCAAUAACUAUUGGCAGGGCUGGGUCUUCCUCUGAGGGGGUGGCUACUGAAGCUUCAGUGCGUGGCACUGUGCAUAGCAGUCUCGAUUCAGGAGCAUCUGGUAGUCUUACUCCAUCCACUUUAAAGCCUCGUCUCAGACUCACCUCCAGGAGAGGUAAGAUGCUCAGAGGACUCCUGAAUCCCUCUGUUAAAGAGUUUACUAUUGACACCUGUUUAACUUAG